UGAUUUGAUACAAUACUACAAAUACUUUAGGAAUUUGCAAGAGCAAAGAGUUACCCAAAAGAAAAUGGAGGCUAAUAAAAAUAGGAUUCUUGUAUUUGGUGGAACUGGUUACAUAGGAAAGUAUGUGGUGAAGGCAAGCAUCUCUUUAGGCUAUCCAACUUUGGUGUAUACUCGCCCAAUCAAUUCACAAACUUCUCCCUCAAAGAUACAACUUUGCAAAGAAUUCAAUUCCAUUGGAGCAACUCUUGUGGAGGGAGAACUUGAACAUGACCAGAUUGUUAGAGUCAUAAAAGAAGCAGACAUUGUGAUAUGUACCUUUCCAUAUCCGCAAGUGAUGGAGCAACUCAAAAUUGUAGAUGCUAUCAAAGUUGCUGGUAAUAUCAAGAGAUUUGUGCCAUCAGAUUUUGGUGUAGAAGAAGACCGAGUGCAUCCUCUUCCUCCAUUUCAAGCUUUUCUUGAUAAGAAAAUAAAAAUUAGAAGAGAAAUCGAAGCAGCUGGAAUCCCUUAUACUUAUGUCUCUGCAAAUUGUUUUGGUGCAUACUUUGUCAAUAUCUUACUUCGUCCGUAUGAGAAAAAUAAAGAUAUUGUUGUCCACGGCAGCGGUCAAGUUAAAGCGGUACUAAAUUAUGAAGAGGAUGUUGCUAUGUACACUAUUAAAGUGGCAAAUGAUCCAAGAACACACAAUCGCAUUGUUGUGUAUCGACCUUCCAAGAAUAUCAUAUCACAAAAUGAGUUGAUAUCACUAUGGGAGCUCAAAAGUGGUCAAAAAUUUCAUAAAGUUUUUGUUCCAGAGGAAGAUAUUGUCAAGCUAUCACAAACUUUACCCCCUCCAGAAGAUAUUCCAAUUUCCAUCAUUCAUAGCAUAUUUGUUAGAGGUGACAUGGCAAACUUUGAGCUAGAGGAAGAUGAUCUUGAAGCUUCACAACUAUACCCUGGUUACAACUAUACAUCAAUUGAUCAACUUCUUGAUAAAUUUCUUGUUGACCCUAUACCCCCUGCUUAUGGAGCUUUUGAAUGAGGUUAUUGAUUAACGUUGGUCAGAUUAAUAAGUUUUAGAGACUACUCUUAUGUAAUUUGAUAAAGCAUAUGCUAUCUGAUGUACGAGGGUUUCCAUACUAUUUUUUUAGCCCAAUUUUAAUCAUUUUGUUUUAUUUUCUAUUUUGGAUUUUAGGCCCAUUAGCAUUUUGUUAUUUCCCUACUUAAGUUUACCAGUUGUAGGCUAAGAGAUAACUUUUAUUCAUUCAAUAAUAUUUUAGAGAAUUUUCUCUAUUUCUGGUGGAUU